CUAAAAUUAGGAAAGCCCAAUACACAAUAAAUUUCAAAGUGACUUCAAAGGGAAGAGAUUUUGUCUUCAUCAGCCAGCUAUCAUCUUGAUCCUUCCAGAUCUCCUACUUUCAAUAGCCUGAGAUUGAGAUUGGUGUACUAUAUGAGAAGAUGAAGUUUGGAGAGACGUUUACGGAAUAUCUACGUGGAGAAGAGGAGUGGUUCCUAGAAAAAUGUCGUCAUGUUGAAUAUAAGAAACUCAAGAAAGUGUUAAAGAAAUGCAAGACAACAUGUAACACCACAAGAUCUGAUGGUGAACACAUCAACUCAUCAGCUACUUUGUCUGAUUCAUGUCAAUGCCAGUCUUGCCCUUGGUGUGAUGAGAUGUUCUUUGCGGAGCUGAUGAAGGAAGUUUCUGACAUAGCAGGAUUCUUUAAGUCAAGAGUUAGGCAUCUUCUCCAUAUUCAUGUAGCCACUGGGAUGCAAAGAUACAUGAUGCGUCUACGCAGAUGCUUCGCGGACGAAAAACAAGCUUUAGUCGAAGAGGGCCAAAUCUUGAUCCAAUACAUAACAAUGAACGCCAUUGCCAUCCGUAAAAUCCUAAAGAAAUAUGACAAGGUGCAUGGCUCAGACAAUGGUAAGAACUUCAAGUUGAAAAUGCGAGCAGAGCGUAUAGAGCUGUUGCACUCACCUUGGCUCAUAGAACUUGGAGCCUUUUAUCUUAACUCUGGGCUGGACAAAGUUGGAAACUUUAAGAACUCUUUUGGUCGAGUCUCAUGUGAAAAUCUCAACGAAGAUCAACCAAUGAUGAAGCUCAUGCUGCCUAACACAACAGAGCUCGAGUUUGAUCUAACUUGCGCAAUCUGCCUGGAAACGGUAUUCAAUCCCUACGCCUUAAAAUGUGGUCACAUAUUUUGUAAAGCGUGUGCAUGCUCGGCUGCUUCUGUAAUGAUUUUCCAAGGCGUUAAAGCAGCACCACAAUGUUCCAAAUGUCCCAUAUGUAGAGAGGUUGGAGUUUAUGCGGAAGCAGUUCACAUGAUCGAGCUCCACCUACUGUUAAAGAUACGAUGCAAAGAGUAUUGGAAGGAGAGGGCAAUGGGGGAACGGUCUGAGAUGGUGAAGCAGUCUAAAAUGUUUUGGAACGAACAGACGAUUCAUAUGAUCGGUUACUAGUCAUUACUUCUUCAAUCAUAAAAACUUAUUUAAAUUAAACAAAAGUGAGGAGAAAAAAAAAUUCUGCCAUUCCCGUUCAUUAUAAAUAAAACAGCACUAAUUAGGAUUUUUUUCUUUGAUAAGACAUAAAUCAAGUUGUGUUAGAAUUUUUUAUGUUCUGGAUACGUUAUGAUAAUUUAUUACUAUAGCCUACCAAACAAUACGUGGUUUUAAAAUAAAAAAUUACAUUAACUGAUGUAUUUUAAGACAUAUUGUAUGAAAACAUUUGUUUGCUUCGACUAUAUAUGAGAGAUGUUUGAUGAAAAUGAAAUAAUGAAUAGAUGAGCGCGUCUAAAAAACAAAAAGAACAGAUGAAGAUCAAAAUAGUAGGGGUGCUAAGUUAUUUAAACCUAACCAUAACUAGUUGUUAUUUAACCAGAAACUUAAAUAAACAUAAAUCCAUAAUGUGACUAUUCACACAGUCGCACGUCCUAAUUUUAUUUUUAAUCGUUUUUCCGUUACGCGUAAUUUGUCUAUUGCUUUUUUGUUCUCAUUUUGUUAAGUCUGAGACUUCUACUCGAUUGCAGUGGGCCCUUCUCAGUCAUGUGUAUUCAUUCGGUUGUAUGACCAAUUUAGCUUAACUCCGAGUUGAUCAUCAUCUAUCCUCGUCUUUUCAUUUUGUUGCCAAUUCUAUAAUCUCUUUUAAGCUCCAUACCAUCUAAGAGACAAAAACUUACAAAUACAUGAUAUGCAACAUAAGACUAUAUAUACUUGUCCGUAUUUAUGUAAUGAGCAAAAUCCCCUAGACAUUAUUAAAAAAAAAUGAUUUGUUUUUUUUUACUUAUGUGUUAUCUGUACAAUUACUUUCACUAAAAAACAUGACAUGACACACCAAUAAUUAUAUAUGGCUUAUGGCUAAUUGUGAUUUGGACAAUCACAUUUACUUUUGAUUUAUAUUUUUAGAAUAUAGUAAUAAUUCAUAUAUCAUCAUCAAAGUAAAUAUUUUUAAAUAUAAAAUAAAUAAUAAAAAGAUAAAAUAUAACAACAUUUCAAUAUUUUAAAAAAUUUCUAUUUCUUAUAAUCGUACAAUUUUUAUUACUAAAAAAGUUCUUCAAAAUUUUAUGCAAUUUUGAAAAAUAUGUAAUCCCAUAAUUUUUUUAUCCUAAUACAUUAGUUUCCUUUUGAUAUCUAUAAAUUUUAGAAAUACUAUUUACUUUUACUUGUUGAUAAUUAUACAAUUUUCUAUCAAAUUUUUAUACAAGUUGAUUUAAUAUAGAUGAUUAUUAUUUAUCUACAAAAGUAAUAGUAAAUUUUUGAUAAAAUUAUUUUAAAGUGUAAAAUUGUGAGAAUAUUUAUAAACAUUAAUUUAUGCUACUUACAAGUUGAUUCUGAGAAUUUACAUCAUUAGCAUAAAUUUUGAAUAUUUAUAGACAUUAAUUUAUACUACUUACAAGUUGGUUUUUCUAUCAAAUAUACAUAAUUUUGUAUAAAAUUAUUAUUUUAUAAAAGUUUAUUUAAUAUAUUUUAACUAAAAUAAAUAGAUAAAAAUCUAUCCAAGACUAUAAUUUUAAAUAUAUACAUAUCUAUUAGUAAUUACAAUUUUAAAAUAAACUUAAAAUUUAAGAUUUUUAUUAUUGCACAUGGUGCAGAAAAACACAAAAGUAAGAAUGAAACAUAGACAAAACCAAUUCAUUUCAUUUUUUUUCAAUAAGGAAACAAAAUACAAGUCUCCAAAAGUUGUUUAUAAUAGACGGCCAUGCUACGACCACUAAUUGUUUUUUUUUUUGUGGAAAUUAUGACCACUAAUUAUUCAUCUUCCUUAUUCUCCCAUUUCCUCUUCCCCUCCUCCUUUGAUCAGCAUCAGGUCAUGAGAUUUUCUCGGAAGCAAAACCAUUCCACCAAAUUCAAGAAAUUCCACAAAAUUUAUCAUCAAGAAUACAGCUUCCGGCGUAUAGAAGGAGAAACUGCAUGCAUAAGCGAGAA